GUCGCACUCUAGCUGCAAUCACUUCAGUACAACACUCAUCACAAUGAACGCCGUACAGUUUGCUUGCUUGCUCUUGUUUGCCGGUUACUCCAGUGCGCAAGUGUUUUCAUCUGGAGGAUGCCCAAAUGUUAACGCACAAAAGAAUUUCACUUUAAAUAGGUAUUUAGGGGACUGGUACGAAGUGUACAAAUUCUACGCGGCCUUCGAGAGCGGUCAGUCAUGUGCUAAAGCCCAUUAUGAACUGAAGCCUGAUGGCCACAUCAAAAUUGUCAACAGUGGAUUCAAGGACGGAAAAGCCAUUCAAGCUGUUGGUGACGCUUUUGUCCCUGAUGCCGUAAACAACCCCGCCAAACUUAAACUGAGAUUCUCAUCAUUGGCUCCCUACGGUAAUUACUGGGUUCUUGACACAGACUACGACAAUUAUACCUUUAUUUACUCGUGCAGUGGAGUAUUGGGUAUAACCCACUACGAGUUUGCAUGGAUUCUCACCAGACAACCUAAUAUAACGGAGGAGGUUAAAACCAAACUGUUCAACGAGGCUAAAGCUUUCGGAAUAGAUACCAGUAAUUUCAAAGUACAGGACCGUUCGGGAUGUACGAACAAUCCUUGAUCGACUUGGUGUUUACAUGUCUUGUUUUUUUUUACAUGUGAAUGAAAUUUGUCCACUUUUUUUGUAUUUGUUACUUUGAUUUUUAUAUAAAAUAUUAGAAUGAUA